UGCAUGAAAAUGCAUCGACAAUAGCUGCUGUCAUUGUGCAGGUUUGUACCGGAUACAAAACUUAUAAAUAGAAUGGCAACUUAGUUUUUCCUUAGUUUUGCCAACCCGAUGUCAAAGGUGCACGUUUGUUUUUAUUUGCUUUGUUCUAGCGCUGCAGUUCCAAGUGCUGUUGCCAUCUCAACAGUUUAGUUCUGAUUCACGAUUCAGUCUGCUGUGCAACAGCUAAAGCUCGCUUCGACAUAACUGCUCACACGCCAUCUUUUUUAGCCUUUUGAUUUGUAAGCUUUCCUCUUUUUUUCGCUCUGUGAGGAAGCACACUACGGUUGACCACUGCUUUUUUAUUUAUUUGUUUUUUUGUUAAAAAAAGUGCGGAGAAGUGGAUUCUCUCUUGGAGGGUGGAAACAUGUCAGGAGCUAACAGGCAAGGAAAUGCGGCUAGUGAGCUCCCCAACCAUGAAAACAUGCUUUCAAGGCUCAGAGGGUCGCUUAAACACCGAGCUGGUGAAAACCAAGAAAACCAGCCUCCCAAACAAGCCGCCAACAGAACCGUGCUGGGAGCCCUGCAGAACAACCAUCGGAGCAAAGCCCAGAACCAGCGAGGCGCUAAACAGGAAACAUCACAGCCCUUGGCUUGCAAAAAUGAAGAUUUUAACAAAAUCCUUGUUGAAAGACCUGUUAAGCAGCCAGCUUUCCAGAUCCAUGUGGAUGAGCCUGACGUAGCCUGUGACAAAAAGCAUGUGGCUGAAACAAACAAAGCGAAGCCCACAGUGGAGGAAUCUCCUCUGGUUGUCAGUCAUGCUGUGGCACGACUCCGACAGCCCCUGGCAGUGAUCGAGGUUCCGGUUCCGUUAGCCAUGGAUGUCAGCUUUGAUUCUCCCAUGGACAUGUCUGUGAUAGAAGGGGAUCAAAAACCUGUGGCUGUAAAUGAGGUUCCAGAAUACGCUCCAGAGAUCCACACAUACUUGAGAGAGCGAGAGACUAAAACCCGACCUAAAGCGGGCUACAUGAAGAAGCAACCCGACAUCACAAACAGCAUGAGGGCCAUCCUGGUGGACUGGCUGGUGGAGGUUGGAGAGGAGUAUAAACUCCAGAACGAGACGCUCUAUCUGGCCAUCAACUACAUCGAUCGCUUCCUGUCCUCCAUGUCUGUUCUACGGGGCAAACUUCAGCUUGUGGGAACCGCCGCCAUGCUCUUGGCUUCGAAAUUUGAAGAGAUCUACCCUCCUGAAGUGUCAGAGUUUGUCUACAUCACAGAUGACACGUACACAAAAAAGCAAGUGCUAAAAAUGGAGCACUUGGUGCUGAAGGUGCUCUCCUUUGAUCUGGCUGCUCCCACAAUAAACCAGUUUCUCACUCAGUACUUCUGUCACCAUUCUACUGGUAAACAGGUGGAAAGUUUGGCAAUGUACCUUGGGGAGCUCAGCCUGGUUGAUUCGGAUCCGUUCUUGAAAUACCUGCCAUCCCAGACGGCCGCUGCAGCCUACGUCCUGGCUAACAAUACGCUUACUGGAGGAUCCUGGCCUAAGCCAUUGGUGGAGAUGACCGAUUACAGUCUGGAGGAUCUGAUGCCGUGUGUAGAGGAUCUCCACAGACUGUACGUCGGUGCCACCCAGCACGCCCAGCAGUCUGUCCGGGAGAAGUACAAGGGCUCAAAGUACCAUGAGGUUUCCUGCAUCAGCUCGCCAGCUAAACUGCAGCUCAACUAGCUUUUGCUUGUUGGCAUGCGUACCCUUUGUCUGUCUUAAACUUAAAAAAAAAAAAGUUUUUUUUUUUUUUAAGAUUUUUUUUUAAGCUUCUGAGUUUAAUAUGUUCUGCACAUUCUGGAGUGAUGUUAGAUUUGGAGGUUUUCUAUAUAUUUUUUUAUAUUCUGAAUCCCAGUGUUCGACAAAACAGAUUUUGUAUAAUGAGGCAGUUUUUAACAAGACAAACCUUUUACCACUCUUAACACAAAAAGGGCUGCUUUUAUCAACUGCAUCAAACUUUUUAAGGCCUGUGGUUUAACCAGAACCUGGGUUGUGGCAUUUUUUUUACACUUUUCUGGGGCUGAGUCUUUUAAAAACAGCUUUUGCCAAUUUACCACUUUUUCUUCCUGGAGGUGGACCCAGUUUGACCUGUUGGGAUGCAGAUUUAAAAGUGUUAAUCCAUUCAUCUGAUUGCAUGGAUGCCUUGGAAGAGGCAUUUUCUGCACUGUAAAAUAUAGCUCUUGUAAAUAAAAUCCGUUUAAAAUGAGGAAUGCCACAUCUGUAUCACGUUGGACUCAUGGGGGCAGCAGAGGCCAUGUUUUCAGCCAUGGACGGAUGAGGACAGGUCUGUCAAACAUCUCCACCUCAGUCCUUCUAAAGGGUGUGUUCAGUGUGAUUUCUUAAAUCAGGAUUUCAUAUCACCUGUUAACAUGAGGCUGUAAAUGUUUGGGGAACAAUAAAACUCCAUGGAUGAAUGUU